AUGUUUAUCAAGAACGUGUUAAUAUUCGAUAUCUUUACAGAAGUAGCAAACAAAUACGAAAAGGCUGAUCGACUUAUCCAGUGGCUGUUUGUUCGCGAAAAGAAAAAUUUCUAUUCUCUGUGCGACAUCCUGCAGUUAUCCGGACAUACGUUUGUGGCGGAUUUCCUUCGUGAAGAAGAGAAAUCAAGUGAAGUGAUCGAUACAAAAGCGUUAUUUGAAAUUCUUCCUUCCCUCGAGAGAUGCUUGGGGCAACAGCAAAGAACAGAAAUAGAACAUUUCAUUAAACAAAAGGUGAAGGAACUGAAGUUCCGCUGUUUAUGGAAAGAAAGAAAUGCGGAGAAAGAAAAGUCCAUGGAAGCGAAAAAUCUUCAAUUGGAGCAGUCGUAUGAGUACCAUGUGGCUCUGAAAUCGAAGGAAAUUGAGAUUUCAGAGCUGAAGGGUGAAAUCGAAUCAUGCGACCAGGAAAAAGAACGUUUGGGUAAGGAAAUCAAUCACUUAAAGAAAGAAGUGAAAGAUGUGCAGGAACGUUGUGAUGGACGAAGAUGCGCCAACUCUGACACAGGCCUAUCGGGAAUUCGCUGUGAGGACCGAUGA